AUGUGUCUAGACUGGGAGAACGACACGGAAUCCGUGGUCUCCUCCGCUCAAAGUGACAAUGGCCAAUCUUCAGGGCAUUCUGCCGUUGAAGGUACAUUGAUCUCCAUGGUGCAAUCGCAAGCCUCAGGAUCGACUCAACCUCGUCCUUCACCGAUUGUGCAUCAGGUUCUCAAUGGAACACACGCAGCGCGGAACCCUCUCCCUCAUAAUAGUGCAGCUCGUCGAGGACCGCCCAUCAAUGGCACACUUCCUAAUGUUGGCGUUGCUGGCCGCUCCCAUCUUCCUCCUGGUGGCCAGUCCAGCUCGUUCCUCAGAUCGAAUGGACUGAAGAACGGACGAGAUCGGGCCAAUACGGGCACGGGCACGGGCAGUAACGAAAGUUCCGCAGGCUCUGGCGAGAAUGUCCCUCCUAGCAGUCGUUGGCAAUCGUCUGGUGAUAAGAAGACUGGUUUGUGCAGCACCGGCAAUCAUUAA